AACAUCCCACGCUUACAUGAAACUCUGUUGUGUUGAGAAUGUGACGACCAUCUGGGCUCCAGCAGGAAGACACAAGUCCUGCUGACCCUUCGUCAAUCUUGCAGUGCCAGUCCGGCUGCUCCAGAGACCAGACCUGGGUAAGGAACACAGAUUUUAUCAGUGAGCGGACAACAUCCAGAGGAACAUCAGCUUGAACAAUGAAAGACUGGCGCUGGAUUCCACUGCAAAAAUAUAUCCAUUUGUAAGAAAAUGCAACAGCUACAAUAUUUGUAUGAGAGUGAUAUACCCUUUGCCGGAUUCUCCCUCUGUGAAGAUGUCCCGAUCUUCCCCAGCUAAUGAAGGCACUACAUUUGAAUAUCUCUGGAGUACCCUUGAACCAGACAGCACAUAUUUUGACUUGCCCCAGCCAAGUAAUUCAAACAACCCUGAGGUUUCCAGCCAAUCUGAGGUCAGCAUGGAUGUGUAUCAAAUGAGAAACAUGAAUGAGUCAGUGAUGUCCCAGUUCAAUUUGCUGAACAGCACCAUGGAUCAGAGUAUCGGCAGCAGAACGGCAUCUUCCAGUCCCUACAACUCAGAGCAUACCUCGAAUGUCCCCACACAUUCUCCUUACUCUCAGCCAAGCUCAACGUUUGAUGCAAUGUCACCUGCACCGGUCAUCCCAUCAAACACUGACUAUCCUGGGUCACACAACUUUGAAGUCACUUUCCAGCAAUCCAGCACAGCCAAGUCAGCCACAUGGACUUAUUCUCCCUUGUUGAAGAAGCUGUACUGUCAGAUUGCAAAGACAUGUCCCAUUCAAAUAAAAGUAUCCAGCCCUCCCUCACCUGGUACAGUUAUUCGUGCCAUGCCUGUCUACAAGAAAGCAGAACAUGUAACUGAAGUGGUAAAGCGAUGCCCCAACCAUGAGCUUGGACGGGACUUUAAUGAUGGUCAAACAGCCCCAGCGAGCCAUCUUAUUCGCGUGGAAGGCAAUAACUUAUCACAAUACGUGGAUGAUCCAGUUACUUGCAGACAAAGUGUUCUGGUACCAUAUGAGCCACCACAGGUUGGGACCGAGUUUACUACUAUCCUCUAUAAUUUCAUGUGCAAUAGCAGUUGUGUAGGGGGAAUGAACAGACGGCCAAUUCUCAUAAUUAUCACGCUGGAAACAAGAGAUGGACAAGUGUUAGGCAGAAGGUCAUUUGAAGGUCGGAUUUGCGCCUGUCCCGGCAGAGACCGAAAGGCAGAUGAAGAUCAUUUUCGGGAACAAGCAGCAUUAAAUGAAACGGCAGCAAAAAACGGCAAUGCAAACAAGCGCACGGCAUGCAAGCAGAGCCCUCAGGGAAUGCCAACGUUAAAUACUAAUAUCAAGAAAAGAAGGCACGGAGAAGAGGAGAUUUACUAUUUACCUGUCCGUGGCCGAGAGAACUUUGAGAUAUUAAUGAAAAUAAAGGAAAGUUUGGAGCUGGUGGAGCUGGUUCCUCAACAGUUGGUUGACUCAUAUAGGCAGCAACAGCAGCAGCUUCUCCAGAGGCAGGCACAUUUACAAUGUCCGUCAUCUUAUGGCUCAGUUCUUUCACCAAUGAAUAAAGUACACGGAGGAAUAAACAAGUUACCGUCUGUUAACCAGUUGGUGGGACAACCGAAUCAACAUAACUCAAGCACAGGGGCAAACAUGGGACCCAUGGGUCCCAGUAUGCUGAACAACCAUCCUAUGCAAACAAAUGGGGAAAUAAAUGGCGCACACUCGUCUCAGUCAAUGGUAUCGGGAUCACAUUGCUCUCCCCCGCCACCCUAUAACGCCGACCCAAGCCUUGUCAGUUUUUUGACAGGAUUGGGGUGUCGAAACUGCAUCGAAUAUUUCACAUCACAAGGGUUACAGAAUAUUUACCAUCUACAGAACCUAACUAUGGAGGAUCUUGGAGCACUGAAGAUUCCAGAACAUUACAAAACUCUGAUCUGGAGAGGAAUUCAGGAACUAAAUAAAAGCCAUGAAUAUGGCGCCCAGCAGCUCAUUCGAUCAAGCAGCAAUGCUUCCACCAUUUCCAUUGGCAGCUCCGGUGAGCUCCAGCGCCAGCGAGUUAUGGAGGCAGUACACUUUCGUGUGCAUCAUACCAUCACCAUUCCCAAUCGGAGUGGUCCUGAUGAUUGGGCAGACUUUGGUUUUGAUUUACCAGACUGCAAAUCACGUAAACACUCCAUAAAGGAAGAGUUUGCAGAAAGUGACCUCAACUAAUAUCAUCAGUCUGUAAUUUGACAAGCAAUGUUGAAGCAGACCAAAAAUAUCCAUCUAUAUAAAGCCAAAUCAGAAGGGUAAAACCGUUUACAGCUCCUGAGCUCAAUACAAUGCUAAGACUGUAAUGAUAAAUGAUCCAGACUCAGCCCAAGGAAAGGCGACUAUAAAUAUGUGCUGUUCCAACUGUUUUCAUGACAGGGUCAUUUAUAAGGGGAUCAAUAGAGUGGAGAAAACAGUGACUGCUCAUUAUAACUUGUAGAUAUUUUUGUAAGCGCAGUUUUGGAGGAGAAAAACAUGGCAGCCAUUAUGAAGUGGAAGAUUUGACUUCAGUUGACAAACAAAAGUGAAAUAUGUUCUUUUUCAUUAAGGAUAUCCCCACUGAGAGAUGCCCUGUGAAAUCAGGAAGGCCUUUGGUUUACACACAAGUAGGGACGAUGCAUCUGUUUCCGAGAGACGUCUGCCACUUGCUGAUACAGAACACACGGCAAGACGAGAAAGUAUGACUGUUUCCUGAUGAACUGCCAAAAAAGUAUUUUCCAGUGUCUUUGAACUGUAUAUGAAAUGUAACAUAAAAUCACCUUUUUUUUUUUUUUAAAGGGAUUUUAGAAUGUGUGAAAAUGAAAAGUUAGGAAGAUGUAUAGAAUUUCACACCAAAAGGUAUGAAUAUUUUUUACGUAAAGAGAAGGUCUUUUCAGUCUCAGUUCAGCUGCGUUUUAGGGGCACUUCCAAAUGUAAUAUAGAGAUAUAAUAUGUCUGUGACUUACUUGUGUACAUAGAUGACUCACAUUUAAUGUUUAUUUUUUUUUAAUUUAAUUAUUGUGUCACGUAAUGUGCUGUAGACCAUAUAGUCAGUAACAUUUGAUUGAAAUUUAGAUUGAAUGGUUAAUAGUAAUUUGUAAUUACAUGUUUAAGGCUCCAAAUAGUUUUAUAAAUUGAGGGCUUUCUGAGCAAUGUGGUAUUAAAUAUUGAACAAAA